AUGGCAAAAAGUAGGAAAGGAAAUCCAAUUUCCAUGCUAAGGAGUAUCUUGAGGCUAACUGAAAAAAGAACGGAAGGUUAUGCAAUUUCUGCAAACGACCACAGCUACAAGAUCCCUUCAUCAGACAGUGGGGCUGAGGUGGAAGAAACCCUGAAGCGAAUUCAAAGUCAGAAAGGAGUCCAAGGAAUCAUCGUUGUUAAUUCAGAAGGUAUUCCCAUCAAAAGCACCAUGGAUAACUCCACCACAAUGCAGCAUGCAGGCUUAAUGCACAAUUUAAUAAUGAAGGCAAGGGGCACUGUACGAGAUAUUGAUCCUCAGAAUGACCUCACAUUUUUGCGCAUUCGUUCCAAGAAGAAUGAAAUAAUGGUUGCACCAGAUAAGGACUAUUUCCUGAUUGUUAUUCAGAAUCCAACAGAAUGAAAACUCCCAAACUGAUCUACAGUUCCCAUUCAUUCAAAUGAAACAUUUUUAUUUAAUGUCUAAGAAAAGUGAUAGCAAUUUUUUGUUUGUGCCACAUUAAUAAUGUCUGAUAAUAUUUUUCCAGAAUGUUAAAAAAAAAUACAAGGGGUCUCUUCAAAAGUCAUUCCAUGAAGAAGACAAUGAAUUGAAUGAUUGAUAAGGUUCUAUAGAAUAUAACUUGAUAUUAUUGUCUGAAAUACUUCUAAUACGUGUUGUCUCCUUUUUAUUUUGCGACUUAUUUAAAUUUGGAUGCAGCAUUUUCACCUGUAAUGUAUUAAAAUCAAAGUAUCUUUGG